AAGGACUGCACGUGGUGACCCCGUGGCCUGGCUGGUGAAGCUCUCACUUCACACACGGAGGGCCCGGGUUCGAUUUCUGGCGGGGUAGAAACAUUUCAGCGUGUUUCCUUACACCUAUUGUCCUGUUCACCUAGCAGCAAAUUAUACACAACAUGGCAGGUACUGUAGCAAGAGCAGGAAGAGUGUGGACAUCUCUCAAACUGCACAGAUUUGUUAGCACAACUGCACCUCUUUCAGUCCGAGGUAUACCACGAGUUUUACGAGGCUUAGGUACAGCUGAAGAGGAUGUUGAAGAUAUAAGUAUUGAUGACCUAGAAGAAAUGUCAAAUUUAGAUGCAGAAGCUCUACAGCAUCAUUCCUCACAGCUUGAAGUUGAUGCCAAGAAAUAUCAGGUUCAUUUGCGCAGAGAAACAAUUAAGAGGAAAUACUUCAGUGAUUAUGAACCAAAAGAAAAAAACCUACUAACAUGGGCAAUGAAAGAGCAGUUGCGUUAUUUGCAUUCUUCUGACCCGAGCAUGUGGACGCCUGAGGCUCUUUCAAAAGCCUUUCCCAUUUCUCCUGCUGGUGCCAAGAAAUUAUUAAAAGUACACUGGAGCCCGAGGAGUGACGCUGAGAUCCAGAAACAUGACAAACAAGUUGCGGUUCGCUGGAAACAUCUUGCAAAAGACCAGCUUGGCAGUGCCCAACUCCUGAAACAGAUAUCUGACAACAAAAGGUACAUGGAAACUCAGCUUGCACCUACUCUUGGUUCCGACCAAAUACUCUCUACAUUACAGUCACUUAGGUUUCAUGAUGAAGAAAAACCUUACAGUGCUAUGGCUCUGAAGCCUAGACACAAGCUUCCAAAAGUACCGAAGAUGAAUGGAUCAUUUUCUAGCAUAAUAAGAGAUUAUGAAUUGCAAGUAUCACAGCUAAAUAAAAACCUUGAAGAGGACCCCAACGAUGCUGACCCGACCAACCAGUCCAGAUGCAUGGAUCUAACAACGAUCAUUCCUGGAACACCCAAAUAUGAAGGCACAUAUACCCAGGUCACAUGCCCAGCAAAUCAUAAACCCAAGGAAAAAUUCAAAUCUAGAAGAAAGAUAAUGACCUUUAGUGAAUUUAUCAAGAAUAAGACAGUAUAGCCUUUGUAUCUCUGGCAUCAGCUUUUAAAUUGUCCAUGUACUAAAUAAAUAUAUAAAUAGUAUAUUAAG